AUGGCUGGCCAGAAAAAGCUCCUAGCGGUGACCUCCUGCCUCCUGCUCCUAGCCUGUCUCCUGCCAAGCUCUGAGGCCCGGCGCGGGGGCGGCUUCGGCUUCGGCCGUGGCGGCAGCUUUGGUCGUAGCGGGGGAUUCGGCCGCAGCGGGGGCCAGGCCUACAGGCCGAUGCCUGCCCAGAGCGGUGGCUCUAGCGUGGGGAAGAUGGCGGGGGCGGCAGCCGCAGGCGCCGUCGGGGGAGCCAUGCUGGGGUCCGCCCUGAGCCGGCCAGGAUAUGGACACGGUUAUGGGGGCAUGGGGAUGGGGGGUGGUUAUGGCGGGGGCUAUGGAGGAUACGGUGGUGGAUAUGGAGGUGGAUAUGGUCAACGUGGCUACGGCGGUGGCUACGGCGCCAGGCCCGUUGGAGACAUGGAGGGAUCUGGAGGCAUGGAGUAUUACACAGGGGCCGCCAGCGGACCCAUGUACAACAGCAUCAUCGUGGUCCUCGGCUUCUUGGUGUCUGUGCUCAUGGGCCACUGGAUGUCCCACGUGUAG